CCACAAAAGUUAUUUAUAAUAGGCUUUCUGCCUUUAAUGCGACGGUUAAUUUUUCCCUUUCCAAUCUUUGGGAAAUAGGAAAAGUCACACGUCUUUAAGGCAAUAACUGCUUUUCCACAACUUCCAAAAAUGGUUUAAACCACUCGUGCACGACAUCAUUAUUAGACUUACGGUUCCAAGACAAACCCUAAGCCCUUAUAAAUAAAGGCUUAACUACUUCUGAAUUUUCUAAGAGGAAUUUCGGAGUUUAUUCGGUAAAACCACAAUAAUGGAAAACGAAAUAGCAGUCCCCAUUGAUCCCUGCAGCCCACUUUUCCUAUCCGGUGAUGGUUUCGAACCAACCGGCGUUCUCUUCCCUCAUGCCGUGUUCCACUUCCCUUCGAGGGAAAAGAAAGAGGCUUACGAUUUCAUGGACAAGCGGCUGGGUAUUAAAAGACAAACACUCGAGGCUCGUAUUGCUCGGGUGGAAAGGAAGAUAAGGGCUCUGGAAAGUGAUCUCUUUCAAUGGGAAUGGCGGAACUUUGAUUCUGUUGCUGAGAUCCCAAAGAUGCUCUGGAUGUAUCUCCGUGCUAAAGGAGUUCCAGGGCCCGUGAAUGCCCCGGUGGAUGCCAAGAACAAGGCGUCCACUUCGAAAAUUAAACCGGCGAUGAAAGAGCCUGUUCCUGAGCCUCUUCCAUAAAUGUUCCCUAACUCUGCUCCUAUUUUGAACUUGUAAUGGGCUUCGGCCCUUUUUUUCUAUUUAUGGA